UACAUUCAUCAACCCAACUGAAGUAAUAGAGCUUUCUCUCUCUCUUUAUUCCUUCGUUCAUCAAAUCAAAAGCAUCAAUGUAUAUAAAUUAUGAUCUGCUAAACAAAUCACAAUAUCAGGGUAUUUCUUAAAUCCUACGCUUUUUAAGUUUUUAGCUGGAAAAGUUACGAACUCCAAAUCUCCAAAUCCCCACUUCCAUUUGUCGAUUUUUUUUCUUGAACAAAAAAGAAGCUGAUUUGGACACUGGAUUUGGGUUUUCAUUAAUGGAAGAAGCGGUUUAAGUUUCCAGGUUUUCUCCUUUUUCUUCUGGAAGAAAGGUCCUUUGAUUUUAGGGGAUAGUGGGUACCCUGCCCUUAGCUUAAAGGAAGAGGAUGAAAGUGUUUAUUGGAAGUCCAGGGACGAUGAGUGGGUUAAUUUUAAGGGCAUAUCAAUGUGCAUUUGCAGCUGCUUCCAUUGCAGUCAUGGUCUCUGCCUCUGAUUUCUCUUCCUACACUGCUUUCUGCUAUUUGAUUGCAUCUAUGGGGCUUCAACUGCUAUGGAGCUUUGGUCUUGCAUGUCUCGAUGUUUAUGCUUUGAGGAAAAAGAGAGAUCUUCAGAAUCCUGUUCUAGUGAGCCUAUUUGUUGUAGGUGAUUGGGUUACAGCUAUGUUAUCAUUGGCAGCUGCAUGUUCAUCAGCAGGGGUUAUAGUCCUGUAUGCAAGAGACUUGGACUUCUGCAGGGCUCAAAGUCACCUCCCAUGCAAUCAAUUUGAAAUAUCAAUAAUUUUGGCUUUCAUCACCUGGAUUUUGGUUGCCAUGUCAUCCCAUGUCAUGUUCUGGAUCUUAGCCUCUUUCUGAAGGAUUCGAGGUUCCGAUGCUCAUAACAUAUGUCCAAAUAAUAGUAUCUCCCAUUUAACAUGUAAAUGCUUCUUUUUCUUUUGCUUCCCACUCCUUAGUUUUUGACAAUUUUGGAGAAUUGUGGUUUUGCCCCAGUAAAUUAAAGAUUUUUCUUUGUGAUCUUAA